AAAUGGUAUCGUACGGAAACAAGAAACAAAGACAGGAACAUGACUAUGAAAAGAAAGGAAACAACCUCACCCUCACAUCAUUUUUAUUAUAUCUCAAUCUCAACUUGCAAGGAAUCCUAAAUAAACAGUUCCCUUCCAAUCUCUAUAAGAUAAACUAGUUCGGUUUAUUCUUGUAACUUCCGCUUUUUCUCUCUCUGUCUUCUUCAUAGUUCAUAAAGUAACCUAAAUUUUGAGGUGAGUGCAGUUUAAGAGAGGAGAAAUAAUAUGACUAGAAAGAAGAUACAGAUAAAGAAAAUUGACAACAUCAGUUCAAGGCAAGUGACUUUCUCUAAGAGGAGGAAAGGGCUUUUCAAGAAAGCUCAUGAGCUAUCAACUCUCUGUGAUGCAGAUGUAGGUCUUCUGGUUUUUUCUUCUACUAAUAAGCUCUUUGAGUAUGCUAGUUCAAGCAUGCAACAAAUAAUUGAAAGGCGUAAUGGUUGUUCAGAAAAUCAUAGAUUAAUGGGGCAUCAAUCUACGGAUCAGUUUCAGAUUGAGAGUGAGUCCAGCAACACACUGCGUAAGAAAUUAGAAGAUAAAUCUCAAGAACUGAGGCAAAUGAAUGGAGAAGAUUUGCAAGAAUUGACAGUACAAGAACUCCAAAAACUAGAGGCUCAACUCAGAAGAAGUUUGUCCAGUGUUUCAAAAGUGAAGGAUGAAAAGUUUAUGCAAAGCAUCAACACCCUUAAGAGAAAGGAAGUGGAACUGAUCCAAGAAAAUCAAAGAUUGAAGCAUGCGGUACCAGACCUGAUAAUUGGACAAAGGCAACAGUCGUUGGAAUCGGUUAUUAGCGGUUCAUCUUAUUUUCUUGAUCAAGACGAUGGCAGUGACACAUCUCUCAAGUUAGGGUUAACAUUACAUAAUUAAGUAAAUGAAGUUUUGUUUAGAGGACUCUGAGAAGAAGAAGAAGAUAAUGGUUUCGCUUCCAUUCUAGGUCGCUGAUCAAAUCAACCAAAUAAAUCAAGUACAGUAACUUGUUGUUUAAAAAUAAGUCAUGCAAUUUAAUAAAAAUCUAGAUAAGGAAUAUGAGGUCUUGCUUGUAAUAUUGUAUGUCCAAUUGUUCCAUAUUUUCUUAUGGAAAAAUGAUUCACCUAAAAUGUUCAUAUUUAUUCCUAAGUUGAUGUAGUUCUCCAAUCACUAUUUAAUGUUACAAAAAUACUUUAAACUUAUUAGAAGAAAUUCUUUUUUCAGAAUUAUUAUAAGUAAAACCUAACUAUUUUAAAAUUAUUUAAUGCUAAUUGUUC